CACUCCACAACCAGAGGCAAGCAGAGCUCACUCUCUCUUCUCUCUCUCUGCUUCCAUUUUCCACAGAAUCCCACCACCGCUAAUCUUUUCCAUCUCCUCGAUUUCUCUUUUGCAAAGCAAAUGGCUGAAUCUCUGCAGAAAACCAUCGAGAACUGCAGGCCACCAACUCUGCCUUUGCCCAAGAAUGGCAUCAACCCCGUGGCCGUCCCUGGCAAUUCCUACGUCCCGGCGCCUCCCCACUGGCGCAAAGCUGCGGAGGCCAUGCAAACAAGCCAUUUCGACGAGGUCCGGCGAAUGGUCUAUCAAUUCUUGCACUCCGACACCGUGGUCUUGCAGGGAACAAGCCUUACAACGGCGGAGGUGGCUGCCAUAACCCGCCGCUCCGGCGUCAAGGUCUCCCUUGACGAGACGGCAGCCCGGGCUCGUGUGGCACGAAGCGCCCAGUGGGUGGCUGACAACAUUGCCCGUGGUACAGACACUUACGGUGUCACGACUGGCUUCGGAGCCACCUCGCACCGCCGUACUUCGAAGACAUCCGAUUUGCAGACGGAGCUGAUUAGGUUUCUAAAUGCAGGCGUGGUAGGGAAAGAGCAUCUCCCCACAGAGUACGCUAAGGCGGCCAUGCUUGUUCGGACCAAUACCCUCAUGCAGGGCUACUCCGGCAUUCGGUGGGAGAUCCUUGAUGCCGUUGCCCAACUUAUGAACCGCAACUUGAUCCCGAAGCUGCCGCUGCGAGGCACAAUCACUGCCUCCGGCGACCUGGUGCCACUGUCAUAUAUUGCUGGGCUGCUGACUUGCCGGCCGAACUCCAGGGUGUUGACGCCGGAGGGGAAAGAGGUCCCAGCUGAGGAGGCUCUUCGCCGCGUGGGGAUCGACAAGCCGUUCGAAUUGCAAGCCAAGGAAGGGCUGGCGCUCGUCAACGGCACGGCAGUCGGGUCGGCAGUGGCGUCAUCUGUAUGCUUCGAUGCGAAUGUGUUGGCUUUGCUAGCAGAGGUGCUGUCGGCGCUCUUUUGUGAGGUGAUGCAUGGGAAGCCAGAGUUCGCAGACCCGCUAACGCAUGAGCUGAAGCACCACCCUGGUCAAAUCGAGGCGGCGGCCAUCAUGGAGUACCUGCUCGAUGGCAGCGACUACAUGAAGGAGGCCGCCCGACGGCAAGCGGCGGAUCCACUGACGAAGCCGAAGCAAGACCGCUACGCCCUUCGGACCUCUCCACAGUGGCUGGGCCCUCAGGUGGAGACGAUCCGCUGGGCAACAAAUUCCAUUGAACGCGAGAUCAACUCUGUGAAUGACAACCCCUUGAUCGACGUUGACCGUGACAUCGCCCUUCACGGCGGCAACUUUCAAGGUACCCCCAUCGGUGUCGCCAUGGACAACCUCCGCCUCGCUCUCGCUGCCAUCGGCAAACUCAUGUUUGCCCAGUUCUCCGAGCUCGUCUGCGACCACUACAACAACGGACUCCCGUCCAACCUCCCCGGCGGGCCCGACCCCAGCCUCGACUAUGGCCUGAAGGGUGCAGAGAUCGCCAUGGCCGCCUACACCUCCGAGCUCCUCUACCUCGCCAACCCCGUCACCACCCACACACAGAGCGCCGAGCAACACAACCAGGACGUCAAUUCCCUGGGCCUCAUCUCCGCCCGGAAAAGCGCCGAGGCCAUCCAAAUCCUUAACCUCAUGAGCGCCACCUACAUGGUGGCGCUCUGCCAGGCUGUGGACCUCCGCCACCUGGAGGAGAACAUGCGGGAGGCCGUGAAGAAUGCCGUCCUGCAGGCCGCACGGAAGACGCUCUACUCUGAUCCCGAAACAGGCUCCCUGCUCGAGACCCGGUUUUGUGAGAAGGACAUGAUCCGAGUUGUGGAGAAUCAACCGGUCUUCUCCUACCUGGACGACCCAGCGAACCCAUCCUACGCGCUGAUGCUGCAGCUGAAGGAGGUGCUCGUGGAGAAGUCGCUGGUGUGCGGCGAAGACGGGCCGGACGGGUACCCCAUCUUCAAGAGAAUACCGGUGUUCAUGGAGGAGCUCAAGGAGAGGCUUCCUACAGAGGUAGCGAAGGCCAGGGAGGGGUUCGAAGGUGGGGCGCACACGGUGCCGAACCGGAUCAAGAGGUGCAGGACGUACCCAGUGUACCAAUUCGUGAGGGAUACCUUGGGUACCGGGUUGCUAAGCGGUACGCAAAGGAAGAGCCCCGGCGAGGACAUAGAGAAGGUGUAUGACGGCAUCUGCGAGGGGAAGCUUGGGGAGGUGCUGGUCAAGUGCUUGGCCUUUUGGAGAGGGUCCGCCGGUCCCUUCACGCCACGGUCGGUCGGGUCAUCGCCGGCCAAGUGCGACCCUACCCAUUGGGGCUGGUUCGAGAACCUACGGUCACCUAGUGCUACCAGCGGUAGGGGACUGUGGAACCAGAUGUAGUAGAAGCCCCAUCUCUCGUUGGGGAACUGGCAUACACCAUCAUCUCUCCUUUCGUUUUCUUAAUUUGACAGAAUUACAUGCAAUGUAGUUUGUUCCUUUUGUAAGUCACGCAGCCAGCAAGGUCUGUGAUGCUUUAGUUAUAAAUCUCGCCAUUUCCAAAAUCA